CCUCCCCCUUCCCUCCAUUCCCAAAAAUUUCAGGAUCUUCCUCUUCCAUUCCUACCCCAUCACCUCGCCGCCAACCUUGCCGGAGAUGUCAACUUCCUCCGUUCAUCUCCCACCUGGCUUCCGCUUCCAUCCCACCGACGAAGAGCUCAUCUUGCACUAUCUUAAAAAUCGUGCUUCGUCAUCCCCAUGCCCUGCUUCCAUCAUCGCCGAGGUCGAUAUCUACAAAUUUGAUCCUUGGGACCUCCCUGACAAGGCGGCGUUUGGUGACCGGGAAUGGUUUUUCUUCACGCCGCGGGAUCGGAAGUACCCAAACGGAAUACGGCCGAACCGUGCGGCGAGGUCUGGUUACUGGAAGGCGACGGGAACUGAUAAACCUAUUUGCUCAGGGAGUGAGAACGUCGGAGUGAAGAAGGCUCUUGUUUUCUAUAAAGGAAGGCCUCCUAAGGGCCACAAAACGAAUUGGAUCAUGCAUGAGUAUAGACUCGCUGAUGCAAAUAAAAACAAUUCAUACAAGCCAAUCAGACUUAGAGAACAUUCCAUGAGGCUGGAUGAUUGGGUUCUCUGCCGUAUCUACAAGAAAAGCAACCACCUCUCACUAACAGCUACGGAUCAGGAACAGGAAGAUCCAUGCGGCGGCGAAGAAUCCUGUUUUCCGGCGAUGCAAAGCCAGAACCAUGGCAUGAAGCUACAGAAAGCUCCAUCUUUAUCUGAACUUUUUGAAGAUUACGCGCCGCUAUUGAAUCUGUUGGAUAACCAACAGGAGCUUCCGAGAUUUGAUUCCACUUCUCUUCUCAGCCACCCACUUCUAUCCCAUUCCAUGAUCAAUCAAAGCCGGGAAGGUGGACCCAGCGGCUACUUUCUCCCACAGCUCUCACAGGUGGACUCCCCUGUUUCCCUCACCGGAAAACGCCAAAGAACGGCCGACUGCACCACCGAAGAGAGCGGCGGAGCGUUGCACUCCUUGAAGAGACAGAAUGAUCUCAACAUGUUUCCGAACUUCAACUCCGGCCAGUUUGAUGGCUCGCAGUACAGCCUGUUAAGCCAACCAUUCUUAAGCCAGCAAGCGCUGAUGAAUUCUAAUAUUGGCGGCUUCCAAUGAGUUCUUCAGAGGUUGAAGACAAAGAGCUUAAAGAGCUCGCUGGUAUAGUGUUCUUCUCUCCUAUUUUUGUAAAACUGGUUUCAAUUAGAAUGUUGCAGAGAGAGAAAUGGAAAAAAAAAGAGACCUUUCCAUAAAAUUCUUUUGAUGGAACACUAAAGCUGUAAUAGAAAUAGUGGAGUGGUAGGUAGUUUGUGUAUUCAGGUUGAUAUUGAUGCAUGCUUGAUAUUUAUUUAAUAAAAGCUUAGAUAAAUUUUAAUUUUGGUCA